UUCUGUAGCAACGGUUCAUACAAGAGCGUCGACAGAACAUGAUGCACAUGUACGUGUGAUUCGCACACGAAAACCACCGAUCAGAGCUCCGAUCCAGCAUGGAGAGUGUGACCCGAGCUAGCUAGGAUAAACGCGAAUGGGGAUCUGAUACUCUCCACUAGUAGUAAUAAUAGUAGAGGAAUUGCUGCUCCUGCUCCUGAGGGGUGCAACCAUUCUCUGCCUCUCGCGCCUUCGCAACCAAACCGAACUGCUUGCUCGGUCCUCGCAGAAGUCAGAAAAUGGAGGCGGAGGCGGCGCUGCCUCCGGCCGGAUUGGAUAUUACGGAUUCUCCCAGGUGCCCGGUCGCGGGAAGCGACGGCGGCGGCGGCGACGUGAAUGGCGCGGCUACCAAGCUGCAGAAGGUGUACCGCAGCUACCGGACCAGGCGGAAGCUCGCCGACUCCGCCGUCGUCGUAGAGGAGCUCUGGUGGCAAGCACUAGACUUCGCGAGGCUCAACUACAACACCGUCUCCUUCUUCGACAAACCUAGGCUGAAGACCGCUGCCUCGCUUUGGAAUCGUGUCAGCUUCAAUGCAUCUAAGGUGGGUCAGGGUCUAUCCAGAUAUGACAAGGCUCUCAAGCUGGCUUUCCAGCACUGGAUCGAGGCUGUGAGUACAAUCGAUUCACGGCAUCGGUCUGGGCACAAUCUGCAGUUCUACUACAAUGUUUGGUGUCGAAGCCAGGCCGGCCAAUCCUUCUUCUACUGGCUUGAUGUUGGGGAUGGCAAAGAUGUAGAUCUUCCCGAGUGUCCAAGAACACUGUUGAAGAAGCAAUGCAUAAAAUAUCUUGGUCCGCAAGAGCGUGAGCUCUAUGAAUACAUCAUUAACGAGGGAAAGAUUAUCCAUAAACAGUCUGGAGAACCACUUGAUACAAGCCAUGAUCCUAAAGGGGCUGGAUGGAUUUUUGUUAUGAGCACAGCCAAAAGAAUUUAUGCUGGCAAGAAGGAGAAAGGAGUAUUCCAGCACUCUAGCUUUUUAGCAGCAGGUGCUGCCAUAGCUGCUGGAAUGUUUACUGCAGAAAAUGGAGUUAUCAAGUCCAUCUGGGCCUAUAGUGGUCACUACAAACCAAGAAUAGAGAACCUCAACAAUUUCAUGAACUUCCUGGAAGAGAAUGGAGUUGAUCUCAAAGAAGUUGAGGUGCGUCCAUUCACCAAAGAUGACGAUCCAGUGCCUAAUAAUACACAGAACCUUACUGGUGCUAUCAAUUCUCCACAAGUGAUUCUCUCUCCAAAAACAACAGAAGGCGAUGAAGGCGAGAAUGCUCUUACACAAGUCAGGCCAACCUACCGAAGAACCUUAUCAGGUGGUCUGCAUUGCCCUAAAGCCAUUGAUGUCCCGCAGAAGGCAAUCCUCGAGAGGAUCAAAUCCAAUAGCGAGUCUGAAUCUUAUCAGCUUGGCCACAAGUUGUCCCUGAAAUGGAGCACUGGGGCUGGUCCUAGAAUUGGGUGUUUGAAGGAUUAUCCAAUGGAGCUUAGAGUGCAAGCACUGGAAAUGGUGGACCUGCUACCAAGGGCAUCAAUACCAUCGGCAUACAUCUCCGCUCACGCCAAUGCAGACCUCCCUGUCCCCAGCCAGGUUUGAAGCCGAGAAGAUCUUAUGAAACGCAACCAAUGCGCGUGGCAGCAUGAAACCUUUGCUGUUCAGUUAUCGGAUUACUGUAACUCUGCAUUGUCAUUUUUCUAUGCUGUAAAGCUCAGACACUCGGUUGGUUCUUGCUGUUUUAUCUUGUUUUGUGGUUGCAUUUAUACAUGAGAUGUUUGGUUA